AUGAAUGCCGAACAGAAAGCUAAAAUAGCUGCUAAUAGAAAACUUGCAUUAGAACGAUUAAAAAAGAGAGGUAUAUUAAAUAAAUCUCAACAAAAUUCAAUAGAAAAAAGAUUUGAACCAGUGAAACCGCCUAUUACAAACACUACUGUAGCUAAUAGCAAUACCUAUAAAAACCAGGAACAAUAUAUACCGACAACUACAGUACCAGCCACGCAAUCUAUUCAAUCAAGAGAUGCUACUACAAUAUCCCCCACUAAAACAAAUAAAAUUAGACCCUCUGUUAGAGAGAAAGAUUAUAUUGAAUAUAAUUUUGCUACUAUAAAUAAUUUGAAUGGUGGUUAUAUUAAUCCACAGGAUAAAGUUUAUAAUGAAGGUGAUCCUGAUUAUUAUGGUGGUGAUGAUAGCCAUAACGAUAAAAAAUUAAAGACUAUACAAGAUUGGAAAAAUGAACAACGUGAAAGACGAAUGCUUUAUGAAAAUGCUCCACCACCUGAACAUUCCUCUGUGGCAAUUAAAUGUAUACAAUGUCAUAUUAAUAUUGAAAUGGAUCCUGUAUUAGAUGAUAUCUUUAAAUUGAAAGUUUGUAAAACUUGUGCUAAAGAACAUCCAGAAAAAUAUUCUCUAUUAACAAAAACAGAAUGUAAAGAAGAUUAUUUUUUAACAGAUCCUGAGUUGAAUGAUAUUGAAUUGUUUCAUAGAUUAGAGAAACCAAAUCCACAUUCGGGGACAUUUGCAAGGAUGCAAUUAUUUGUUAGAUGUGAAAUCGAAACAUAUGCAUAUAAGAAAUGGGGAGGUGAAGAAGGAUUAGAUAAUGAAUGGAAACGUAGAGAAGAAGGGAAGUUAAAAAGAAAAGAGAAAAAAUAUAAUGAUAAAAUUAAAGAAAUGAGAAUUAAAACUAGAGCACAAGAAUAUACUAAUAGACUAAGAGAUAAAAAAUAUGGGAAAACUCAUAUUCAUAAUUUUAGUGAUCCUAUACCGAAUGGGAAAGAUGAAGAUGGUUUUACAAUAUUGAAAAGACGUUGUAUAGGAUGUGGUCUCGAAACAGAAGAAGUCUCAUUAUAA